AUGUCCUAUACGAUGCCAAACCAUAUUACAAGUUCAGUGGGAUUUUGGGCGUGUCGAAUCAUGACCUGGCUCAUCGAGCACACGCAGUUGGACCCUGUCAAACCUGUGGAGAAAGUGGGCACCAGCGGUGUGCUGGUGGCAGAUCUGCCAGAACUAGGUGGAGCUGCAGCCGUCGCCAGCCGUGACUUCCAGGCAGGCGAGCGCGUCUUCGAAGAGCCUGUGCUCGUCGUGGCGCCGUCAGCAACAAACUUGGCACGUGUUCGUGCAUACUGCGACCUGGCCGCAGAAAAGCGACGGCUUCUGCGCGAAGAUUUCUUCGGGGAGGCACCGCCUGUUCGCUGUGCAGCAACCGCAGCCUGCAGUGGCGAGGUCUCGGGAGACUCAGCUGCCGAGGUGCUCGCGAUUCUGAGGGCGGAGGGACAGGAUGACCUUGACCUAGCCGAGGUUGAGGAAGUCAUUCGCGUGUGGAACUUGAACGCCUACGACAAUGCAUUGGCACCUGUGGCCUGCAAGGUUUCGCACUCGUGUGCACCAAACCUCACCAUACGCGUUGAUGCUAUCGAAGGCAUCAUUGAGGGAACAGCUUGCCGGCAAAUCGUCGCUGGCGAGGCUCUAGACCUUGCCAAGCUCCAACAGCAAGGACUCCAGGCAGAUGAAGCGGUCUUCAAUGCAGCAAUCUCUGCACUUGGCCGGGGUAGUAAGUGGCUUCGCGCCCUUCAGCUGGCCAAAGUGAUGCCUGGACAGGAUAUAGAGCCUGGCAUUGUGACCAGCAAUGCGCUGUGCAGUGCCUGCAGGAGGCAAUCUGCGUGGAUCAAAGCUACCAGCCUUCUGCAGGAAGCUCUCGGGCUCAACCUCAAGCUUGGCGCCGUAUUUUUAGGAACCAGUGCAGCAUUUCUGGAAAGGGGCAAGCAGUGGACACUGUGCCUGAACCUCUUGCUGAGCUUCUGCACCCGGGAUGUUGCUUUAGAGACAAUUACAUGCAAUUCGGCCUUCAGUUCCUGCGAGAAGUCUGGCCAGUGGCCAGCUGCACUAAGCCUCAUGACUUCAACUUGCCACAUCAGGAUUUUAUUGGAUGUCAUAUCUUGGAGCGCCGCCAUUAGUGCCUGUGAGAAGGCAGGGCAAUGGCUGCAGGCCCUCUCCUUGUUUCGGAUUGUUCAGGCAAGUUUGAGCCCCAACUCCUUCACACACUCUGCAAUUCUCAGCUCGUGUGAGAAGGCUUCACGAUGGCAGCAGGCUAGCCAACUCUUGCAUGUGCAGAAGUUUUCCCUUGGGCGAUUCGAGACCCUUCACUGUAACUCCGUUCUCAGCUCUUGCAGGACGGGCAGCUCGUGGAGAGUUGCCCUUGUUUUCCUCCAGGAUCUGAGCACUCUCUCUGGCCUGAGAGCGAAUAGCAUCUCCUUUAAUUCAGUUUUCCGGUCACUGCUAGCCGAUGAAGGCUUGAAUCGUUGGCAUCAUGGCCAGCUUCUGAUGCAACGGCUUCUCGCUCACGGCAUGCAGGUGUCCAUCAUCACUGGGAACACACUGAUGUCUUUGUACGACAAAGCAAGGCAGUGGAGCCACGCGCAAGAUCUUCUUGCUCACCAGCUGUCCCUCUAUGGCUUGCUGGUGGAUAUCAUGACUUACAACGGAGCACUGAGUGCCUUCGAGAAGGGUAGUCAGUGGCCUCGGGCGCAAUGGCAGCUGACGUGCAUGUUGAAAUAUGGUCCCCAACCUCAGAUUGUGACCCUUGGCGGAUCCAUUGCUGCCUUGGGUGCUGCCCAGCUUUGGGAGCACUCCCUGUUACGUUUUGGUAGCAUGGGUGAAUUCAGAUUGAAGGCCAAUAGCGUAGCAUUCGGUGCUGUACUAAACGCCUGUGACAGAGGGCAGAGCUGGAAAGCUGCAUUGGCCUUGGUACUCGCUGCGAGCCGUGAUACGGCAGAACUAGGUGCUGUGGAGUUCAACUCUGCGAUCACUGCUUGCAGCUCCAGCCAUGUCACGGAUCAUGCGCUCGCAUGUGCCCGAGAGAUGCUGCUUCGCAGGGUGAUGCCGGACCAAGUGACCUGCAAUGCCUUGCUCGCACUCUAUGGACGCGCGGGCAUGUGGAACGAGGCUAUCUGCCUAUUAAGGAAGACGCCCGUGCCGGGUCUGACAUCGCCGCCGCUCGCACCGGACGUGCUGAGCUACAGUGCAGCUCUUGCUGCGUGUGCGAAGGGCUGUCGGCCAUACGAAGCAGAAGGUCUCUUGACGACCGCGAAGUCUUCACGCAUAGCCUUGGACUUGCAGGCAAUCAGCAAUGCAGUAUCUUCCUUUCGGCAGGCCAGCCUCUGGCAGCAAGCUUUGGGCUUGGCGCUGGCCAUGGACUCUAUGGAUGCGGUUCUCUUGGAGUUGGCUUCGGGCGCAGCGGAAGUUGGAGGUUGUCCCACUUCCGCCGUCGAGCUUUUGCAUGCGGCGGCUUCGACUGCCCAUCUCGGGAUUCGUGAUGCUAGAUGCUAG